GGCGCGCGCAGUGUUUACCGCGCGGUUCCGUGGCCGGCAGCGCUCGCUUCACGUGUUUGUCGUGCAAAAUCGAGUUUUCCGGCGGCUGGCGAGCUGCAAUAACGUCCCAUGGUGUUUUCCUUCCAGUUUAUUGGUGCUAAUUUGUGCCGGAUAACUAAAACAUUCGGGGGCCAGGCCGUUUUCGAGCGUACUUUCGGCGCGGCUCAUAAAAAUUAUAGGUGUUUUUAGCGGAUGCGAUGAAUAAAUUUUGCAAAUCGAGUCGGAGUGUCGAAAAGGCUUGUGAGAGCUAUGUUUUGAUCUGCCGGCGAGUGGUGGAUGUGCCGGGUGUUUCGGACGCGGUUUGCUUGGCGGUGCUUAUCUUGAUCUCUGUGAAACUACGGUUGUGCAGGCUUAUCGCUCAGUGGGCACUUGCGCCUGGCGACCACACCAACAGCUCCAAUCAGGACUUUUUGGAGAACCCAGGUUCCGAAACGAAGGCAUGCUAAGGUAAUUGGAUUUCUUUUAUCAUUGUGACCAAGCCCACCUGGUAGUCCAUCUUGGGGAAUUGACGGGUGAUCACUGGCAACUAACAAUCACGAACGGAAUACAAGUUCAUGACUAAACUGCAGUAAAACGAACGUUACCCGUGAAGACUUCUAGCAUAGACAACUUAUGUGCCAUUUAAAACCAGAUUACCACAAGCAGUGAUAUUUAGUCUUUAUAUAGUGAUAGUGUGUAACCGUGAUAAAAACUAGAAUUAGGUGUUAACACCGUAUGUUUCAUUGUUAAACGUGACCAAAAAGAAGCGAAGCUGGCUCCGUAUAAGGAUAUAAUGAACUCAUCGAGCAUGAGUUCGACUGUACCGACGAUUAAGUGUGAGGAUACGUCUCCGUCGCCGUCGGCGCCUGUCGGGGCGGACGGCGAGGCGGCUGGCGCCUACAACCUCAGCGUCAAUGUCAACCUCAACGCCGCCAUGAUAAACCUCCUCAGUGUGGAGAACCCCAACUCCACCACGCUGCAUACGCCGGAGAUCGUCAACGAUGUUAUCACCAUGACCAAUCCCCUCGACCAGUAUGCAUGUAACUACAACGAGAAAAAUUCCAGUUUCAAGAGCGCAAGUGGGAACGACUUUCCCGACGAUUCCUCCAUGUCUAAUGGCUCGUCAGCAACUUCACCAGCCUCUGGCACUCCACCAAGCAUACAAAAGACUUGCUCGGAGCUGAUCAAGGCAGGACUGAAGUUGUCGAUAGAGUCGAAGCGGAAGAUGUCCGGCAGCGACACGGAUAUAGGCAUCAAGAGGAUGAAGAAGGAGGAAAGUGAUGAUGACUACGACAGCAGUCACACCGUCACCAAAAGUGAAGGGUUAACACCCGAGGACGAAGAGCGCAGACGGCGACGGAGAGAGCGGAACAAAAUAGCAGCGACCAAGUGCAGACUGAAGAAACGCGAGCGCACUGUCAACCUGGUUACUGAGAGUGAGGUGUUGGAGACGCAAAACAUAGAACUCAAGGCACAACUCAAGGAAUUGGAAGUCCAAAAGCGGCAAUUGGUGGACAUGUUGUCGCUUCACGCACCGUCAUGCGUCAAGAAUAACAACUCCAAUGCCCGGCAAUCGCCCACUACCUCCUACAACAUGUUGCGACCCUUCGAGUCGCCGUCAACAUUCCCAACCAGUUACGACGCGCAGUCUCCUUACAUCAGACCAGAGUCCGCCAACGUCCUAGCAUCUAGCUACACGUGCAUCACUCCCGUUAAUGCAGAGUAUAUGGAGCCCAUACCUUCCCUUGACACCAUCUGUGGCCAGCCACAGCUCGUGGACGUCGAUUACAGGCCUGACAGCGUCCUCAGUCUACCUCCAAACUCAGACGGCUCCUAUGCCACGACAGACGGGUAUCUCCCCAAAGCGACAAAUCUUAUCGUCCCAUUAGACCCCGAACACGAGUACUACGACGAGGUCAACAACUACCAUCCGCAGUGCAAUACCUAUCAAGUCGCAGACUCGCAGAAACUCAACGGCCUUAACGACAGAUGCCUUGUCUAGUACCGAUAUCCAUCCAAUUUUCGUCGGGUCCAAAAUUUAUUUUGACAUGUAUACGUAUAUUUAAGCAUUGGAGUAAAAAAAUAAUAAUAAUUCGAAAUAGAGUACCGUUGCUUUCAAUUUUCUUUGAUAGAUUCGUGUCUAAAGUCUUUGUGAUAAAACAACGUAGAAUUAGUAUCGUUAAAACGCCUUUGUUAAUUCUUCAAUUAAAUAGAUUGCCAGGAAGAUACGGCGGGGAUUUAUUUCGAAACGAAAUCGUAUGUCUACUGUGUAGAACAAGAACAUAAGAUAAAUGUGGUACCUACAAUACCGAAAGGGUACAAGAACUGGAGCGAUACAAUUUCACAAAAUAUAUUUUUUUAAUUGCAUAUAUUUUAUUUCAGAAAUAUUCUUCUCAUUUUUUAAUUAUGUAUUUGUAUGUAAUUAUGUGUUCCUUUGUUUUAUUUUUCUGACAUGUUUUAAAAAAUCAUCUAAAAUCCAUGUGCAGUAACAAGUUGAAACUGUGAAACAGUUCGUUAGGUAGGUAUAUCACAUAAUGUUUUAUUUUUAUUUAGAUUUUAAAUGUCUAACAUACAUUACGAUAUUCAUUUUUUUUUUAAGUCCUAUAAUUUUGCUUUGAUCUGUUUAAAAUAUUAUAUUACAAGAUCUGAUUUAUUGUCGAUGUUGCGUUGCUUAGGUAUUCUAAUUAGGAUUAUAAAUAUUACUUUUGUGCUAAGCAUCUAGUCUGCUUGUAACAUCGUUAAGAAGUAAGGCUAAAAGACAUUAUCUUUAUAAAUACAUCACAUCAUAUAUAUUCCAGUACAACAUUAGCGUACCUCCUGUUGAAAUUCCGAAAUAUAUGUUACGUUAUUACAGAUAUUAUAAAUACAGAUUAUUAUGUAAUAUACAUAUUUUACAAAUGUUUAAUAUUAUCUAUAUUUAAGGUGCUUUAACUCUGAGUAAGACGUGAUAAAAUACUUAGAUUUAUAUAAAUUAAGAUUACGUACCAGUCAACAGCACAUCAACCUACCAAAAACAGUGCAAAUUCGCCCUUAUUACCUUUGCAUACAGUAUACAUAGUGAUUUGAAAGGCUCUUGACCAUACGAUUGUUAUUAAUGACAACAUAAUCACUUAUUUUCAGUACUUGUAUGAUCACACACCUAAUCCAAAAACUCCAUUAAACUUUUAAGGCCCGUUAAUGGAAUAAGAAUAUAUUAUGCGUGUAAAGCUUGACGUAUUUUAUAUUAACUUAACGUCUUAAAAUUUCUUUGUGUUAUUAAACAAAGAAAUUACGUUAAUUUAAUAUGAACAAUCAAGAAAAUUGCACAAAACAUGGUGAGAAUGCUUCAACCCAAGUUAUAUGCGGCCUUAAAGGAAAUUUCGUGACUCAUAUUGUUAUAAUUAUUUACAUUUUUAUCAUAAUAUCCUGUUAUAGUCAUUUAAAGUUUUGUUACUGUGUUGUUAUUAUUUUAAAUGCUAAUAAAUUGUAGUUUUUUAAAGAAAUUUAUCUGAGUUACUGAGGAGUAUUAUUAUCUUUGGAUUGAAUAGAUUUAUUUAAAAACGGCAUAAUAUAAUUGCAUAAUAACUGGAGUUGUACUAUUAUGCAAUAUCAUAUUACGCACACGUUUGUAAAUUUUUGACGUCAGUUUCAAUUCAGAUACGCUUCAUUUUUUUUAUACAUUAGCAAAGACAUUAUAUUUUUCGACAGGAGUAGAGAGUGCACGACUUUUUCGUUGAAAAAUGUGCAUUUUGUCAAGUACAUGGUGUUAUUUUUCUGCUCCAUAAGUAGCUCAGAUACAACAGAUAGUGCCUUCUGCCUACCAGUGAUCCUAGUCUAGCAACGCCUGAGCGGCGAGUGUCAGGCGAGCGAGCAUUUAUAAUAUUUUAUAUUGUUGACAAAAUACAUGUGAUUAAGCAGGUAUUUGAGGACCUACACUACUAAUUUAUGUAAGUAGAUAUGAAAGUUAAAUUAUCUUUUGACAUGGUGUUUAUAAUGAUUAAUUGAUAUCUAUAAUUACACAAUUUUUGGUUUUGAAGGAAAUAUCAAUGUUAAAAAUAUCAUCUAACUUUAUUAUCGGUUAGUGUCGUUCCUCAAUAACUAUUGAAAAUAAUUCGGAAUAUCUAUUUCUAGUGCGACAACGUUUUUGAAUCUUGUUAAUAUAAAUGUCUAUUUUCCUUUCUGUACUACCAUGAACUUCGGAAUAAGAAAGAAACAUGCUGUAUAUUUCAGCUGAUGAAUUUCCCCAAUUUCAGGUAGUUCAUGGUAUUUGAUUCGCUUCGUAGAUUGAAUGUACCGUCGUGAUAAUCUUACGUUUAAGAUUAACUUUAGAAGGUAUAGUUGUGUUUUUAGUUUUGGACAAAGCUGAGCUAGUUUUCCAAAGAAGUUUGGCCAUCGAAAACGUGCUAAUUUUAUAUACAUUACGACCCAAAACACCAUAGCAUUGCAUAAAACUCUCGGUAGAUCAGACAUAUCCUAAAUAUGGUUUAUUUUAUUCAACAUCAAAUCCAAAGCAAUAUUUAUAUAGAGUGAGAAUAUGUAAAUGGACAAUAGGACAAUAAUUAUCUGCAGCAUUGUUAUCUAUGACUGUAGUUCUCCGGAUAAAAUAAAAUAAAGUUGCAUAGGUAAUAUAAUAUUCAAUUGGCCAAACUUCUUUUCUAUUCCCUAUUAUCUUCUUCCAAUAUCGGUUACAUACCUAGUUAUUUGUGAUAGGACAUUACUAUUACUUUCGUUGUAAGUUGAAAUCUGCUAGUAAGUAUUACAAUUAGUUUAACAAUCGUUGUUAUAUGAUAAGAUUGGUUAUUAUUGCCUGUAAUUUAUAUUAUGUCUUCAAUUUCUGCUAUUGUACUUUUAAUAUCCUUCUUAUAUAUGUUUACGUACGGCAUAUUUUUGUAAAUACUUUAUGGAAUAAGGCCUAAUACGACCUCUGCUCUUUUAUUAAAGCUUUGAUAAAGAUUUAAUUAAAGUUAUAUACAUGUCUAUAAAAGACAUUAAAUUGUCUAUAUUUAAUUCUGACCAUUGUCACAAACAGAUAUUUACACAUUAAAAUAUUUUUUAUAAUUGUUGCUAAAACUUAUGCAAUAUUAAUGGUCAUGAGCAUAUUAUUGUGUAGUUAUAUUAUAAAUUGUUACCGAAUAGAUUACCAAUACGCCUAGAUAUGACAUUUGUAUGUGUUAUAUUUUAUUAUAAAACUUUAUAACGCACUAAGUUUAAAAUGGUAAAGCAAGAAGCAAAUAAUCAAGUAAUGUAAGAAAGUGUAAAUUAAUUUAAACUUUUAAAUUAACACGAAAGCUAAUUUAGACGUAAUUAUAUCCAAGAGCCGACCAUUGAAUUAUAUCCAGUUUUUAUUUCAUCGAUCGGCACUAAGAUUAUUUGGGUCCAAAUUUGUAUGACGUGCGAACGAUCUCCUUUAUGACUGUACAGUCAAUCUGUAAAGAGUAGAAAAUAAAAGAGGGCGCUGUGUUCUCUUUGCUGGCAACACUUGAUGUUUAGCAACCAAUAUUGACCAUUCGAUUUGGUAUUGCUAUUUAAAAAAAUUGUCGUUAAGUCAGUUUUCUACCCUUUCUAGACAGACUGUAAUAUGUAACUUGUAAUCAGGUGCUCUUUACUAAAUGUCUGUAUUCUAUACGCAAUGCCUCACCCAGCGGGAAGCCUUGUAUCGUGAACAUCACUUGUACCUGCUUAAAAAUAUAUUUUGACAGUCAAAGCAAAAUUAUCGCGCUUAUAAAUGAAAAAAAUAAAUUAUAUAUUGCAUA